UUGACAACUCCCAAUAAUGAACUCCCAGGACAAUAGUCAGGAAAGUCUGGUCAGUUCUCACAGAAAUUAUUCUUGUAAAGGGCCAAAUGACUUAAAUGUUUAUGUAAACGGUAUGAAAUCAUUUAUUAAAGUCACGAAUCACUAAAAGAUGAAAGAUGUGUGAUUUGGUUGACCUCAGAUUUAGCCACUGGUCCAGGUUACGAAAAGAGUGUAUUAAAACAAAAUGACUGUACUGGUGACAUUUUCUAGUGGCAUUUCUUGAGUGAAUUCGCUUAAAUUGUUGUUACUCUUGCAGGUUAACCUCACCAUGUUCCGCUGCGUUACAUCUGUUCUGGCAGUGCUCAUGUUGCCUGUGGUUCUGCUGGUGUUGCUAAUGCCUAUUAGCUGGAGUUUUCCAGCACUGACCCCUGGCUGCCACCUUCACCCAUUCAACGUGACCAUACGUACAGACAAGCGAGGGACCUGUCGAGGAACUCAGCUGGUGUACGCUUGCGUGGGCUACUGUGAGUCCAGCGCUUUCCCCUCUCGCUAUUCUGUGCUGCUGGCCUCCAACUUCACCCGCAACAUAACGUCUGCUUCCCGCUGCUGCACCAUUAGCAAGGACGCCAAGAUCAAAGUUCGUCUGCACUGUCCUCGAGGCCGUCAUCAUGAUGACUUCGAGAUCUUGACUGCGCGUGCCUGUCGGUGCAACAUGUGCCACAAAUCCCGUUACUGAGAUCCCACAUAAAGAACGUGUCACUCAUGCAGUACUGGACAAGACUGGUGUGUAAUUAUUAAAAUAUGCAGUUUGUUUAUUUGCUUGUUUUUAUUUUACUUGUAAAUUUACAUACUACAAUUGAAAA